GUCAUCAUCGUCACGCUACUGGUUAAUCUAUGAAAACCUGUAAUUGAUGCAGGUUUCGCUCAUCCGCAUUAUCAGUCUUUAUUCGCCAUCUUGAUUCUCCACAAGGAACGUUAACGCGUAUUAUUGUAUACAGCAAUUAAAACACAGACAUCGUCUUUCAGCCGAAUCAGUUGACGGUGCCAAACAGAGACCAUGAGACUACUUAUACUGGUGACGUUAGUUUGUCACGUGACGUCAUUCCCAUGGUCCUUUAACUAUCUGAAUCGGAGAGAGGAGAUGGCGGAGGAAAAUAUACUAAAAGGUGACGAAAACACAUAUGUGGCAGGAGGCACUGGAGAGGGAAAGCAGAAAAUUGGAGAAUCUGGUGAGCUAGCCAAUAAGCAAGUUGCCAUUCCAGAAAUAGGAAUAUAUGGGUACGACACACCACCAAACCCCUGUCCCGGUGACCAGAUGUCCAAAGGCUAUACUCCCGUAAGAUCUGUUAUUUAUCCGAAUCUUAAGUGUUCUUGCGCAGAGUCUUGGGAUAAAGAUAAGAUCAUGGACUGUACACAAUCAUCUAUGUGUUGCCUACCGAACAUGCCAAAUACAGCUCAGUUUGUCAACCGAUACCAAGAGAUGCCUAGAAAGAGUGGACUGGAUAGAUACAGACUGGAGGAGUUUCAACCAGAUGGUUUGAAACGUUCAACUUUAGUGGCCAAGAAGUCGCCCAAUAUGAAUAUAAAUAAAAGGGGAUUUGCAUGGAACAGAGAAGAAAACACUGCACUGAAGCAAAGGCGGAUUAAUCCAUACAUGAUGGCUGACAGCCAAUUGCGUAGCGUAGUUGCUAAGAAGGCUCCGCAAUACUCAGGAGGCAUCCCUGCUAUGUAAACCAUCAUAGAAAAGUAGUCCUACGAAGCUUGAAUAUCAGAAAAACACACAUUCUCUGUGGAAUAAUUAGAUAAUAACAAGGCACAUAAAGUAAUAUCACCACUAACUACAACCGUUUAUAAAGUCAGAGAUAUAUUAUAUUAUUAAAUUCGUAAUGCUAUUAAUGUUGUAUAUUUCAUGCAGUUUAUUGUAUCGUCUGAUCUUAAAACCUAGAUAAUAAUUACAUAAAACAUGGCACAUACAUUUAACGUCAAUACUUACUACAACCGAGUAUAUAUUAAAUGAUCAUUAAAUUUCUAAUGUUAUUAAUGUUGUAUAUUUUAUGCCGUUUAAUGUACCGUCUGAUUGUAAAAUCUAAGCGCCACACAAUGAGGGUUCAGGACUAAAGAAACAAUUUGUUAAUGUGAUAAUUUACUGUCUAUUUGUCACAUUAUUUUCAUUAUUUAUCAUUUUCUAUCUAUUGUAUAUUACAUGUAAUAAAUACAUAGUCAAUAAAGCGACUCGGUCAAUGAUUAAAAGUUUAUGCGCCUUCUAGAAAAGUACGGUAAUAAAGAGUUGUAUUCUGUAAAUCUGCGUUAUUUCGUAGUUCCUGGUGGUUUAGCACUCCUCUAUAACAUGCAACUAAAUACACCGAGACAAUCAUAAUGCAUUCUCGGUAUCUGAUGCAAUAGUUAGAUGGUCUAAAGUUUUGGCAGACUGACGUAAAAGAGGGCGGGCGUUGACGGUAACACUACAUGUUAUUUACCCCCUCUAUUGACUAGGUAAUUCAACAUCUAGUAGGCCUAUUGCACUUUUUUAAAUGCCAUCUUUUAAUAUUUCCAUUGAUUGUUGUUAAUGUAAAUAGUUACAGGAAGUGAAUUGGUUAAGAGUUGGGUUGUAAAUACAUGUAUGCUUAACAUUAUUUAAAUAAAUAAUGCUGCACAUGAUUUUAACCAA